AGCAGCUUUCACGGGUAGUACAUGGCGGCUCGAGCAGGAUGGUCUCGUUUUGUGUUUCUUUAGGCUAGAGAAUUCUUCAAUUUUCGUUUUUUAUCAAAAUAACUAAUUAGUAAAUGCAGUAUAUGACCACGAACGUGUAACAGGUAAAUAGAGAGACAUAACCAUUGGCGGUGUGCAUGAUAAAACUGUACAAAGAACUAAGUGUUAACCGUUUGACCGUUAUAAAAUAAUUCAAAACAAUAAGGCUUAGGUCUGCAAACAAUUCAACGUCGCUGAAUUUGUUGCUCGGGGUUAAGAUAAUUACAUAUUCCAAUUUGCUGGACUGGUAGAUGGAUACUGUUUCAAUACGAUUAGUCCUACACGUAUAUAUUAUAAAAAUAUGCAAUACAAGUUUAGCAGUUUGAAGCUGGCGAUAGUUGAGAGUUGUUAAAAAUAUGCCCUGUUUUGUUUUGUUUUUUUUUCUUUCUUCUAGUUGAACAAAGCUGUUAAUACUUUCUAACAGAAUGUCAAAGCUUCAGCUUGCUGGUAGCAUCGCGACAUUUGCGGCGGCUAUAUUCGUCAUUAUCGCUUUUUCCACACCUUACUGGCUAGUGUCGGACGGUAAACAGCCAGGCGAAAAAAAAUUCGAGAGGCUGGGUUUGUGGGAAGCUUGUUUGGAUAAGUUUCACGAUGUCAACUACCGCUAUGACAUUGAGUUCAGCGGCUGUCGGUGGAUCUUUGAUGAAGAAUAUAACAUCAUUAUCAAAAUCUUAGAACCAGCCUUUUUCGUGGUAGUGCAGGUGUUCUUUACCUUGGGGUUCGUAGGACUGCUCUUGGGAUGCAUGAUGCUAGUAGCUGCUUUGUUUUGUGUGCCCCACGAAAAGGAAACAUUUGUAAUAAAGAUACUCAGUAUAGUACUGUUCAUAUCAAGUGCAUUCUGUACUAUUGCUGUCAUCACGUUCGGAGCACGUGGAGAUGGUCGUGAUUGGAUGCCAGAUCCUGACCAUAACUUUUUGUCCUGGUCAUUCGCUCUGGGAGUGCUAGGCACUCUUCUGGACUACUUGGCAGCAAUACUGUUUUUCGUGGACAGCAGGGUAGGAGAGAAGCGGCUCGAGAAACAAGUCAAACAGGAAUAUCGUAUGGAAGAAACAAAGAACAAAGUGACCACGGUCAUUUAAACUUAACAGUGGCUGAAAAUGGCACACCACCUCCAGGUGGAAAAAGACUGCUUUCAAAACUUAAGUGAUUCAUUAGACUUAACUGAAUAGAAGAUGCAAGCGUCGUGUCUAUGAGCUUAAGCCUCACAUGUGACAGUUAGCAUUGAUAUCGUUUGAAAGUAACUGUUAUUAGAUUUUAAAUACGAUAUGCAAUUUGAACACAAACGUGAAAUAAACGUCAUCGUGAACAUCGCAUUUAAACGAAACAACAUGGAAAUCACCAUGGAAACCUUACCAAAGGGUAAGAGCUUUGAACGGGAACGGCAUUUACCAGUCCAUAUAUGUGUAUAAAUGACGUGCACUGAAUGAAAACCCGUAAAUAAACAAAACAAAAAAAAAGUCACCGGUGCUAACACUAGAAGAAGAAGAAGCAUUAUCCCAUGUAAACUUUAGCCAUUGUUUAUAAAAUGUGUUGUUGUUUGUUUUUAAAACGAGUCGAAUAACUAGGUGAUGUCAGCACACAAAGUAAUAAUAGCAAGAGUACUUAAUUAUAGACCGACUGUCCUAUCAAGAUACUACUGUUUGAGGUAAAAUUCGGCUCUCUCAUGCGACACGUUUUUACCUCUUGAUUUAUCAAACCUACAAAAUAAAUGUGUAAAAGGUUAAACAAAUUUUUCUAUAUUGUAAAUGGAGCAACGUAUACAGGUUCGAAAUAAGCAAGAUCGUUCUACUAAUUAUUCCUGGUCUGAGUUUGAUUAUGUCAUCCAGUUAAGUACUUUGUAUGGAGUAUGUGACUGUAUAGAUAUCCCUGCUGGAAGCUUUCGUAUCGGUGACAAAAGUCACUGAAAAAUAACACGAACUGGGUAUUUGGUUAUGCUCUUUCAAACAGCAUGCAUUCACCACCAACCACAAUUUUCCCACCAGUUACAAAAAAUGUAAACUACAAUUGUACGUCACAGAGUAAUAACUUUUUUCUGAUCAUGAAGAAAGUAGUUUCUGUUUGCCAAAAAAGGCAUGUGAAAAUGGUACAGGCAAUAGUACAAAAAAAAAAAGGGUGUAAGACGCGGAAGGUAUUAAGAAUAUUAAUAAAACACGUGUGGUCCCUCCUAGUGGCUCAGCGGUAAGUUUACGGACUUACAAUGGUAAAAUCCGGUAUUCAAUUUCUCUUUGCAGACAAAACACAGAUAGCCUAUGGUGUAGCUUUGCGCUAAAAAUAAAAACAAAGAGAGAGAGAGAGGGUGAUUUAAACCCUCUCGGGGGAGGGAGCGUAGCCCCACACUUUGGGAAACGCUGUUUCUUUUACUAUAUUUUUGUUCUGUUUUAUUCUAGGCCUGGUGGUUAGGGCGCUUGACUAGCAAUCUGAGAGUCAAAGGUUCGAAACCCUGUCUCAUCAAACAUACUUGCCCUUUCAGCCGUGGGGGUGGUAUAAUGUGUCGGUCAAUCCCACUGUUCGUUGGUAAAAGAGUUGGCGGUGGGUGGUGUUAACUAGCUGUUUAUCACUGCUAAAUUAGGGACGGCUAGCGCAGAUAGCCCUCGUGUUGCUUUGCGCGAAAUUUAAAACAACUCAAAACUGUUUUCUUCUAUUUAUUAUGUUUCUUUUAUUAACUUAAUUAUUACGUCAUGCCACAUUAACGUAACGAUAUUUGGUUUCAAAUAGUAUGUUUUUUUAUAUACAAGCACCAUGUUUUUUGUUUUUUUCAGUUACAUUACUAUAUAUAACUUGUACUUUACUUAAACGCUUAUUACGCCUGACGAAGGACAUGUGUUCGAAAUUAAUUUUCAUUUAGAUGUAUGUUGUUAACCUUUUUCAAUAACUGAUUGUUUGUUCUUUAGCGCAAACCUAAACAAUGGUCUAGCAGUCGCUUUAUCCACCACGGGGAAUCGAACCCUGUAUUUUAGCGUUUUAAGUUCGUAAACUUACUGCUGAUCACCGGGGCUCCUAUAAGGAGCUUUAGAAGAAACAAACUCAAUAAAUACAAGACAUACUUCUGGUUUGGUUUACAUGAUUUUUUUUUUCAAGUUAUUUGCUUUGUCAUUCAUUGUAUUUGCAUUGUUUUUCUUUCGUACUAGUUUACUCUGAAUACUUAUACAUUCCACAGUGUAGGUGUUUGUCUUUUUAUUUCUCGUUUAUUUAAUUUAUGUGGUUAAUUAGUCUUAACAUUAAAUAUAAUAAUCACACAAUUUUAAUAUUUAUGAGAAAUUACAGAUUUAAACUUAUAAAGUUGUAGGAAGUAAAGGCUUAACAAAAGACAUUAUUAACGUGU